AUGCAAUCGCCUCUAGUCAAGAUCCGCAGAGUAUGCGACACGCUGGACUGCCAUGCGUCUACCAGUUGCGCGCACGGCGAUGUCUUCUCGUACAUCGCCACCGAUGUGCUUUGCGAAAUCCUCUCCUACCUCGCGGCACGAGACGUCCUGAGGCUGUCGCUGACGUGCAGAGCCCUGCGAUAUGCCGCCGUCAUUCGGCCCUUGGGCUGCUUCUCCUGCAGCAUCGAGCAGAUCAAGGACCUAGUGGCAACCUGCCGUGGCCAGCGACAGACCACCACUACCAACGCUCUUGCGGCCCACUUUGCGUGCGCUUCGUCCUUGGCCGCGGCAUUCAACCCCUACGUGCCUGGCGGCGACAACGCACACAACCUCUUCGCGGCUGAUAGUCUUUGCCUCCUCACCGACACUCUGCCUCUGUCGAGCCGCGCCCUCUCCAAGUUUUGCGCAGCGGCUGCUCACCCACUACCACCGCCACUGCAACCACCGGUGGCCACAACGGGCACGAUCAUCAUCGCCUCGGGCAUGCAGUCCCACCACAAGACGAGGUCGCUGUUGGCUUGCUCGCAAGAGCACAUCGCUGCUUUGGAGGGCGAGCGACCCAGGUUCAACAUCGACCUUCUCGUCGACGUCAACCCUUCGGCGGCUUCAGAGAAGGUCCUCGCGUCUCGAAGAGCAUGGGUCUACCAGAGUGAAGCCCGAGACCUCAAGAAGAUGCUGACCAAGAACCGACCACGGGACAAUCUUCUCAUCGACGGCAGCGCCAAAAACCGCAACUUUCACUUUGACGGGCCGACCUUGGCCGGCCUUGGCGCAUUGGACGCCGGUCUCUCCAGCCUUUGUCUCUUUGUGAGCGCGUCGAGUCGAGGUGCUUUGGACGAAACGGCAUCGACAACGGCAAGUGCGGAGACCACCAAGCCACUGAUCACGGCACUGGCUCUUUCGGCCCUCCAGGUAGCGCUCUUGCAACGCACGACGUUGGUCUUGGUGUCAGUGCACUGGUAUGAACAGGGCCUGAAACUGGCUCACAUUAUCCGCCAAGACCCGCGUGCCGCGACGCUCAAGAUUGCCAUGUGCCAGUGCGACGCCUCAUCAGCGAUGAACCGGAACGUGGACCUCGAUGGUGUGUUAGCAUGA